AUGGCCCUCCAAGUCAGCAAUCUCCAGACUAUGACGAUGCCGGAGAGCGGGGUGGAUGUGGUACAUUGGUGGAGGCACAAGCAUUUACGCACCCUGAACCUCACGUUGAUUAUCCCGUUGCUGUGCCUUUUCACUCAAGGGUUUGAUGGAUCAAUGAUGAAUGGCCUCCAAUCUGUGAAAGCUUGGCGCAGCUAUUUUGGUGAGCCCAAAGGAGCUACUCUUGGUCUUUUCAAUGCAGCCUACCCUAUUGGUGGACUACUUGCAAUCCCUCUGAUAUCGUUUGUCUGCGACGGUUUCGGCCGGCGUGCUGGCCUCGCCGUCGGCGCAACUGUCUGCUGCGUGGGCGCUGCACUGCAGAGCGGUGCUCAAAACCUCCCCAUGUUCGUCGUUGCACGCGGCAUUCUAGGAUUUGGGACGGUCUUCCUGGGCUCAUCGGGCGCUCCAUUGAUCACAGAGAUUGCUCACCCAGCGCAUCGAGCUACCGCAACUGCCAUGUUCAAUACUACCUAUGCCCUAGGUGCGAUAUUCGCAGCAUGGGCCACUUUCGGCACAUUCCGUAUCGAUGGCAGUGCCGCAUGGCGCAUCCCGUCUGCCAUCCAAGGCCUCCCAUCUCUUCUCCAGCUUCUUGGUCUAUGGAUGGUUCCCGAGAGCCCUCGUUGGCUUGUAUCACAGGACCGAGGGGAAGAAGCUCUUCAGCUCUUGGCAAAAUACCAUGCCGAGGGUGAUGCCGACGAUGCGCUCGUUCGAUUCGAAUACAAUGAAAUCGAGGAAGCCCUUGCGUACGAACGUAGCAUUGGCAAAAAGAACUGGAUCCAGAGUUAUCUGGAAUUCACUCGGACCCCAGGAAAUCGAAAGCGACUCUUCAUCCUCCUGUGGAGUGCUUGCUUUGCCCAGAUGUCGGGAAAUGCAUUCAUCUCAUACUAUCUCUCUCCUGUUUUGACAACCGUUGGCUUGACGUCAAGCCUCGAACAGACCCUGAUCAAUGCAACACAGCAGAUGCUCUCCUGGAUUUCCGCGCUGUACUUCGCGACACUACCGAAUAAACUUGGGCGUCGAGUUCUAUUCCUCGGGUCAGGAGUUGCCAUCUUCUGUUGCUUGAUCGGUAUCACCACAGGCUCUGCUGUGUUCGCUCAGGAUUCCUCAAAUAAAGCUGCUGGUGGUGCUGUGGUCGCUUUCCUCUACUUGUUCUCGCCUGCCUACAACUUUGGCAUCAACGGUAAUUUGGGGCUAUAUAUUGCAGAAACUCACCCGUUCCAUCUUCGUAUGAGGGGCCAGGCUUGCUUUCAAUUCUUUUCUACGUGUUUCACGCUGCUCGCCACAUAUGCCUUCCCCGUUGGACUUGAAAACAUGGGAUGGAAGUUUUACACCAUCUUCAUCCCCUGGGUGGCUAUUGAAUUCAUUGUGGUGUACUUCAUCUACCCUGAGACCAAGGGAUACUCCCUUGAAGAAAUUACGCUUAUCUUUGAUGGGGAACCUGCAGAACAAAGUGAAGAUGGCGUCAAUCGCUUUCAUGGCAAGAUCGUUGAUGCUGAGCAUGUCGAAGUCACUCAUUGA